AUGACCGUGCAUGAGACUCGAGCGACUCCUUCGCCUCCUAGCACAGCACCGUCACCCAACGACACAACAGGGUCUAAUGCGAGCGAUGCAUCCGAGAUGGGGCCUGACAAUGGGAGUAGGAAGACCAAUGGUGAAACACAGGGCAAUGCACCACCACCACCUGUACAGCAGCCCAAUGAUAAUACAACUCGUCCAACGUCUGUAUCAGAUAGCGAGAGUGUCAAGACACGGGAUGCCAAGUUUAAUAUCAUGGAUAGCAACAACACUAUCAAUCAUUUGUUACCUGAAAUAAGCGAUUUGGAAACAGAAGAGAUCAAGGUCUUCCAUUGGCAUAUUGAAGAUUGGCGUGCAUUGGAACCUAGGUGUCAUGGACCAGAAUUUACAGUGGGCGGAUUCCCUUGGCGCAUUCUACUAUUUCCAAGAGGCAACAAUCAGCGAGAAUCCGUAUCCAUUUACUUGGAGGUAGCUGAUCCUGCAUCCCAUGGUCUUCCAGAUGAUUGGCAUGUCUGCGCACAAUUCUCUUUGGUGUUAUCCAAUCCAGAUGAUCCAACCAACUUUUACGCCAAUCAUGCCACCCAUCGAUUCUCAGCGGAUGAAAUUGAUUGGGGCUUCACCCGCUUUUAUGAGCUCAAAGCCAUGGCGCGUAACAAUGCCACUACAGGCAAAGGACCCUUCCUCGUCAACAAUUCAGUGAUGAUUUCAGUAUUCGUUCGUGUUGUCAAGGAUGAAACAGGUGUCUUGUGGCACACAUUUGCAAAUUACGACUCACGCAAGGAAACCGGCUAUGUCGGCAUCAAGAAUCAAGGUGCUACCUGCUACAUGAACUCGCUCUUGCAAUCACUCUACUGCACAAACAGCUUCCGAAAGGCAGUCUACCAGAUCCCUACGGAUAGUGACAAACCCACUGAAAGUGUAUCUUUGGCUUUACAACGUUGCUUUUAUAAUCUUCAAUAUUCGGAUUUACCCAUCGGAACAACUGAAUUGACAAAAUCAUUUGGUUGGGACUCACUUGAGGCUUUUCGACAACAUGACGUGCAAGAAUUCAAUCGCGUGUUGCAAGAUCGCUUGGAAGAAAAGAUGAAGGGUACACCGGCUGAUGGUGCCAUCUCAAAGCUUUUCGUGGGCAAGAUGAAGAGUUAUAUCAAAUGCAUCAAUGUGGAUUAUGAAUCAUCUCGUGUGGAGGAUUAUUAUGAUAUCCAGCUGAACGUCAAGGGGUGCAAAGACUUACAUGCAUCAUUCGAUGAUUACAUCAUGGUCGAAACUCUCGAAGGAGAAAACAAGUACAUGGCUGAAGGUCACGGUUUACAAGAUGCAAAGAAGGGUGUCAUAUUUGACAGCUUCCCUCCCGUGCUACAUCUCCAAUUGAAGCGGUUUGAAUAUGAUUUCAUGAGGGAUACAAUGGUUAAGAUCAACGACCGCCAUGAAUUUCCUGAGGAGAUCAAUCUUGAUGCCUAUUGCUCGGAAGAUGCAUUGAAUGAGGGAUCUGAGCGUGAUCCAAAUGAUUACGUUCUUCAUGGUGUCUUGGUGCAUAGCGGUGAUUUACAUGGGGGCCAUUACUUUGCACUUAUCAAACCGGAUAAGGAUGGUAAAUGGUAUCGCUUUGAUGAUGAUCGCGUCACACCUGUUACCAAGAAAGAAGUCUUUGAAGAGAACUUUGGUGAUGAUCCAGUCGGCACAAAUGGUAGUCCUCCUUUCCUCAAUGGGAUGCGUAACAAUAGUGCUCGGCUCAUGAAGCGAUUUACCAAUGCCUAUAUGCUCGUGUACAUCAGAAAGAGCCAACUUGACAACGUGCUUGGUCCUGUGGUGGAUGACGAUAUCCCGCUUCAUCUCAAAAGGCGUGUCAGUGAAGAACGGGCUAUUUUGGAAAGGAGACGAAAGGAUCGGGAAGAGAUGCAUCUUCAUGUAAAGGUGGCUGUGAUCACUGAUUCAUCUUUUGCAAAUCGUCAAGAAUUCGACCUUGCAGUUUUCGAUGACAAGAAUCUUGAAACCACCCCAGGCGUGUCUAUCUUCAAAGUCGCCAAGAAUGAUAAGGUCUCCAAUCUAAAACAAGCCAUCAUCGACCAUUACCGCCUGCAGAAUGAGAAGUUUCGAUUAUGGACCAUCGUGCAUCGCACCAACAAAACCGUGCGCGUCGAUCAACCAGUGACCCCAGCCGAUGAAAAGUCAUCUGUCGAGAGAUUACGCAAUCUUUCAUGUGUCGCUUCUCAUGCAGCCGGCUUUGCCAAGCUCUACCUGGAGAUUGCUGAUAGCAACACUAAUAAGCUCGUGAAUCUAAAGAACGACAGCAUCAUGUUCUUCCUCAAGUACUUUGAUAUUCAUCAGCAAAAGAUCAUCGGGAAAGGACGAAUGUAUGUGCGAGGAGGUGAUAAAGUUGGCGAUAUUAUUCCCAAGCUCCGAGAACGUGCUGAUCUCCCCAAAGAUGCAAACUUGGUAUUAUAUGAGGAAGUAAAACCAACAAUGCUGGAUCAUAUGAAUGUGAAGGAGACAUUUACGCAAGCAGAGAUUCAGCAUGGCGAUAUCGUAUGCUUCCAACUGGCACCUACGGAUAUGGAGUGGAAGGAUUUACAUGCACGAGGACAAUAUGCGACUGUGCGAGAAUACUUUUCAGCAGUGUACAACCGCGUUAUCGUGAAAUUCCAACCAAAGUCACCCGAGAAGGAAGGAAGCCAAGAGGUGUCAUUGACAUUGGAUCGACGUACAAACUACAACGGUGUUGCACGAGAAUUGGGAAAAGCGCUUGGUGCUGAUCCCCUCAAGAUAUUAUUCAUCACAGCCAAUCCUAUCACCAAGCAACCCAAAGACCCACUUCCUUACACGCCACGGAUGGCUCUCGAGAAUAUGGCAUCUUCUAUACCAACAGCAGCCGAGUAUGCACAUGCUAUCAGCCUGGAAUCAAUUCCACAACCCGUCAUUUAUUACGACAUUCUCGAUGUGAAUUUAGCCGAUCUUGAAUCGAAAAAGUCUAUCGAAGUCAAUGUGCUGUAUCCUUCAUUACGAGACGAGGUGGCAGUGAGCGUAUUCGUUCCACGAGCGGGUGUGGCUGAAGAUAUCAUCAAGGCACUUUGUAGCAAAGGCAAACUUGACAGCAAAGAUUCAGAGCAUGUGCGUGUAUACGAAGCUGUGGAUGGCAAGAUCACCACUAUUUUCUCACGUGACCAACCCAUUGGCAACCCAGGAGAAAAGAUGGGCUCUGUAUUAUAUGUUGAGCAAAUACCCCAGGAAGAACUGGAGAUGAAUAUCGAGGUCGAUCGUCUUGUCCAAGUCGUCAACUAUCAUAAAGAGCCAACAAGGUUUCAUGGUGUCCCCUUUUUAUUUGUGGUCAAAAAGGAUGAAUCAUUUAGCGAUACCAAGAAGCGAUUACAGCAGCGGUUGGGAGUCGGCGAUAAGCAAUGGCAAAAAGUCAAGUGUACAAUUGUCAAGACCAGCAACCCCACGAUAGACCCUGAAGCUGUUCCUAUUGAACAAGAUGAUUGUUGCUUGCUGAAGCCUGGUAUGCUUGGGGUAGAGGAUUACAUUGGCCUUGAUCGUGCUGACAAGUCUACUCGUACAAGCCGGUUUGGUGGCAUGUUUGAACGAGGCAUCUUUAUUCGCGGUUAA